AUGGGAGACCGACUUAAAUAUCUCGGUCUCUACCUGGACGCGGCUUGGAGUUUUGGCGGGCACUUUGAGCGCCUGGCCCCCAGGGCGGAGUCGGUGGCAAUUAGCCUGAGACGACUCUUGCCCAAUCUUGGGAGCCCGGAUGGCCGAGUGCGCCGCCUAUAUGCGAACACCGUCCGGGCGGUGGCCCUUUAUGGGUCACCGGUGUGGGCGGACGCCCUGAUGGCCGAAAGGCGCGGCAGGAUGCUGCUGCGCCGAGUAUUUCGGAGGGUGGCCAUCAGGGUUGUCCGCGGUUACAGGACGGUGUCGCACACGGCGGCCACAUUGUUGGUGGGGACGCCGCCCGUCGAGCUCUACGCCGACAUGUACGCACAUGUGUACAGGCGUACGCGGGAGCUCGGCGGGCUAGGUGUGGCGUUGACCCCAAGGGUCAACUCAAGGCCGCCGUGA